ACAUUUAGCAAAGGCACGAUGGCUAUAUUCCCCAGUGUUAUAGACAAUCAAACCUUUGCGAAAAGGGAUGAUACUCAGAACGUUAAAAAGCUCCCUACUUGGGGGCGGAAUAACUACGUAACUUUUUUAAAUUGGAUUGCCGUUGUCUCUCUCUUAUUUCUAACACCCUUAUUACAAUUUUAUUUCGUUUUUAGCAUGCAAGAGGCUGAUGGUUCAUUAACUCAACCUCUCCUUGAUUUUCUUAAAGGACGACCAUUGGCUUCUUAUUGGAUCCCUAAUACUACAAAGCUCAUUAAGGCCGCCAAAUUAUAUACUUUUUGGACUGUUUUUCAAAUAUUAUGUGCUCUUUUCGUUCCUGGCCGCACGGGCUUUGGACAGGUGACCCCGGCAGGCCAUAAGUUAAAAUAUAAGGUCAAUGGUUUAAACUGCUACUUACUGACGCUACUUGUAUUCUUUGCGGGUUCCUACUUUAAUUUUUGGGCCCCUACCAUUAUAUACGAUUAUUGGAUUGAGCUCUCUGUGUGCAUGCAAGUGCAUGGCUUCUUGCUUGCCCUUUUUGCUUAUCUCAAAGCGAAAUACUAUUCAAGUCAUCCUGAGGAUAAUAAAAUCUCAAAUUCUGUUUUGUACGACUUUUUUUUAGGGGUUGAACUCAAUCCUCGAAUUGGUGACUUCGAUUUUAAGCUUUUUUAUAACGGAAGAAUCGGUAUUAUCCUUUGGACUUUAGUAAAUCUUUCUUGUGCUGCCCGGCAAUACCAAUUGUAUGGAGCCCUCACCAAUUCUAUGGUCCUUCUAAACAUUGGACAGGCAGUUUACGUCGCAGACUUUUUCUUUCACGAGGACUGGUAUCUUCGCACUAUUGAUAUCUGCCACGACCAUUUCGGGUACUACCUGGCUUGGGGCGACACCGCCUGGCUCCCCAUCAUGUACGCGCUGCAGGCUCCUUUCCUCGUUAGACAUCCACGUGUUCUCUCGACUGUGGAAUGUUUUCUGAUCUCUCUGCUCUUUUCAUUGGGGUACCUGAUUUUCAGAUCUGCCAACAACCAGAAAGAUAAAUUCAGAGCCACUGAAGGAAAAGCUUUUUUCUUUAACCAGAAACCCACUUUUAUUAACGCAAAUUAUGUUACCGCUGAUGGGAAACAGCGGGAGAGCAAGUUGCUAACGUCGGGCUGGUGGGGCCUGGCGCGCCAUUUUAAUUACACUGCUGAUCUGAUGAUGUCGUUGAGCUUUUGUCUUGUCUGCGGAUUUGAUUACGUGCUUCCUUAUUUUUACUUUUUACAAUUAACUAUCUUAUUGGUUUCUCGCGUUUUCAGAGAUGAAGCCAAAUGUCUUUCCAAGUACGGCGUUUAUUGGAGAAAAUAUUGCGCUAAAGUAAAGUGGCGCUUAAUUCCGAAAAUUUUUUAAAACGUAU